UUUGUUCACUCAAAUAUAUUCAACUACUUUAUGAGGCGUGGAUAUGAUGCUGUUGUACGUCUGUAACUGUAUUAUAUAAAACUAUUAUAUAAUACCCGUGUACAUACUAGUAUAUAGUACCAGUGUAUGUAUAUAAUAUUAUAACUAAUGCAUGUAUGUGAUAUAUAUAUAAGUAUUUAAAUAUACUCUAUUUUGCUGUGAAAACUUUGUGUUGAUCUUAGGUACUCCAUGGUAACAACUUUAUUUAUUGUGUGUGAGUAAAACUUAUAUAAUGCAUUGUACAAUCUGUUUGGUCCUGCUGCUGACCACAGUCACCAGCAAUGUCCUUACAUUGGAACCAGUUAUAGAUUACUCAAAACUGGACAAUAUGCUGGACAAUUUCUGCAGGGAACUCAAAAGUUUUGCGUACAAUACCUUUAACAUAAGUAGGCUGUCAGAGACACAACACAGUCACAACACCAGUGAGAGGGCAUAUGACAUUGUGCUCAGACUAAAUGCAACAUUGUUUUUGAAGUUGUUGAAGAAAGCAAACCUUGACAGCAUACUGAGGAACCCUUAUUCCAAAUUCACAAUAUUUGCUCCAACUAAUGAAAGCUUAGAGAAACUACCUGACAAGAUAAAAAGAAAUUCCACACUUAUGAAUUCUAUCCUCAGGUUCCAUUUAGUGUCUGAUUAUCGAAUGACAUCUAGUUUCCUUAACAACAACUUCAUAAAGACCAUUGCCAAAUAUGGUGUUCAUCCUAAGCGACGCUCUCUAUAUAUCCGUACCAACAUCUACAACAGAUUAGUUUCAAAAAUCAUUACUGCAUCAGGAUCAAAAAUUCUCAAUAAAGAUAACACAAAUGGAUUGUCUGUGGUUCAUUUAAUUGAUGGUUUAAUGUUUCCUCUCCCCAUGGAAAAUGCUUAUGGUGAGAUAUUACGGCAACCAAAAUUCAGCAUUUUGCGGCGUCUUGUAUUGAAAUCUUAUUUACUUGUCCGAGUUCUGUCUGAAACUAAACAAAACUUGACCAUCUUUGCACCAACAAAUGAAGCUUUUUACAAUUUACCAGCUGGAACUUUGGAGAAGUUGGAAAACAAUGUUCCUUUAUUAACCCAGAUACUUAUCAAGACCUUUAUAUCUAACAUAUAUUACGAGGCCGGCUUUAUGGAUGGUAUGAAUUUAAUUGGAAUAGCCCAAAACAUCAUACAUCUAACAUUUCAUCAGCAUGAUUUCAUUAUAAGCGAUGGUGAAACUGAAGCAAAGGUCUCUGGGACUGAUUUUUCUGUCCUCAAUGGAGUUAUACACAGCAUCAACAAUAUCUUGUUUAAACAAGACAAUAUAGGCGAAAAAAUUAUUGGAUGAAAUAAUUUUGUCGUUAUAACUAUUGCUGCUGCUGCUACUACUACUACUAGUAGUAAUAUUAUUAUCAUUAUUAUUGUUGUUAUUAUUGUUGUUGGUCUCACUUAUUCUCUCUGCAAGGUUCACUAUAAAUAAUAAAAAAAUCAUUGGCAAUGCUCUAGCAUAGCAGUAUGGUUAAGAAGGUUGCUUCCCAACAAAAUGACCUUUGAUUCAGUACCGCACUUCGGGCAAAUGACUUUAUUACAGCCACAGACCAAACAAAGCCCUCUGUGUUGACUUGAUAAACAAGAACUGAAAAAAGCCCAUCAUCUAUAUAUAUAUAAAUAUAAUCCUGUGUAUCUCUGUCUGUUCCCAAUGCAUUCUCAAACAGCUCAACCAAAUCAAAUCAAAUUUUACAUUGUAAUAUUAUGAGACCCCAGGAGUGUCAACAUGUAAAAUUUUUUUUAUUAAAGCAAUGCAACAUUGGCACUGGUUCCAUAUUAUGUCUCAAAACUCAAAGAAAUAAAAUGAAAUCUUCGACAGAGUAA